AUGAUGAAUAUAAUAGCCUACUUCAAAGUAAAAAAAAAAAUUAACCUUUUCUAUAAAAGAUAUUAUAUGAGCAAUAGAGAGAUAACAAAAUUUAAGAAAAAUAAAAAUUAUAAUAAAUCACAUGGGAAUGAUGAAAAGAAGAUAAAAGUAUACAGAUCUGAAAAUUUGGAAUAUUUUAUUCCAUUUGAAAUAUAUAAAUGGUCUUAUAUUUUUAAUACAAAAAAUGAGAAGUUAAUAAAUGAUUUUAUUAAAUACGAAAAAAAAAAAAAAAUUAUAACUUUACUUGAUUUCUAUAAAAUUAUUAACCGUUACAAUAUUGUGAUAAAUGUUAAUGAAAAUGAUUUGUUCGUUGAAAAUGAAAUAAAUAAUUAUUUUUAUUAUUUUAUGAAUAAUCUAGAAUAUUAUUUUAAUAAAUAUGAAUCCCUAAAUCAAUUUUUAAAUUAUUUAAAGAAAAAUGAAUCUCUUAUUUUUUAUUACAUUUAUAACAAUUUAAAAUUAAUUCAUGCAUUACCAUUUAAAUUUUUUUGGAAUUAUCAAAAUUUUGAAGAUAUUUAUAAUUCUAGUAAUAAAAGCGAAGAGGAAAAUGAUAAUGAAUAUUUAUUUAAAGAUGUAGAUUUAAACAAACUUGAUCUUUGUUUAAGAGAGGACAUGUUAUAUAAUUUUAACAGUACUAGUGAAAUUCAAGAAGGAAAACUUGAAAACAAAAGUGCCAGUAUAUUUAAGGAUGAAAAUGAAAAUAAUAAUGAUGAAUUAGAUUAUAAAAAAUAUAGCAAAACAAAAAAAUAUAAUAAAGAGUCUGUAACAAAAAUAUAUGAUUAUGAUAUUAAAAAUAACAUAUAUAAAAUAGAAAAGGAAAGUGAAAAUAUUUUUGAAAAUGAUAACAAAAAAAAAAGUGCUAAUUUAAAAAGGAUAUAUGAACAGAAAACAUUAAAUAAUUUUAAAUUUACGAAUCAGAAAAAGUAUAUAAGCAAUAUGGUAUCAUCGAAUAAUUUAGAAAAUAUACACAAACAAAAAUUAAAAAAUGAUGAUGACAAAAAUUUGAAUAUUACGAACAAUUUAAAUAUUAUUGAGAGUGAAAAUGGUGAUAACUUAAAAAAAAAAAACCUAGUUUUUAGCGACAAUGAUAGUAUGGAAAAUGGAAAUUUAAAAAAGAAUAAUAAUAAAUCAUAUUCCAGUGAACAAAAAAAAGAAGAAAAUAUGAUAUACAAAAAAGUUAAAGAAGAUGAUUUCAAUUAUGAUAUGAGUACCUUAAAUAAAAAAACUAUAAAUAAUGAAAAUUCAAAACAAAAAAAAUUCAGAACAAGCAAAAUACCGGUUUCUUCAAUAAGUCGAGCAUCUGUUUUUGGUAAGGUUUUUUUUGAUAUAGCAAAAAAUAGUAGUUUUGAAUAUAUUAAAAAUAUAUUAGUAAGUAAAAAAAAUAAUAAAGAUGUAAUAAUAAAUGAAAAAAAUGCUGAAAUAUUAGCAAAUGGUUUAAGUAAAAUGAGAGGAGUAGUUUUAAAAUUAGGUCAAAUGAUUAGUAUGCAAGAUGAAUACAUAUCUCCCAUACUAGGAAAAGCAUUAAAAAUUGUUCAUAAUUCAGCAGACAUAAUGCCAAAAAGUCAGUUAGUAAAAGUUUUAAAAAAAGAAUUGGGUGAUAAUUUUGAAAAAAGAUUUGAUUUUUUUAAUUACGAACCAUUUGCAAGUGCGUCUAUAGGUCAAGUACAUGAAGCAUUGAUCAAUAAUAAGAAAGUAGCUGUUAAAAUACAAUAUCCUGGAGUAUAUGAAUCCAUUGACAAUGAUAUAAGAAAUUUAUUAUUUAUUAACCAAUAUACUAAUUUAAUAUUAAAAAAUUUAUAUAUUGAAAACUUAUGUAACGAGAUUAAAAAGGAAUUAAAGUGUGAAUGUGAUUACAUAAAUGAAGCAAAAUAUUAUGCUCUUUUUAAAAAUAUUUUUCAAAGAAGUAAAUAUUUUUAUGUUCCAUCUAUUUAUAGUGAAUAUAUAACGAAAAACAUUUUAGUAACAUCGUAUGUAAAAGGAAUAUCACUUGAUGAAGUUGCAGAAAAAUUGCCACAAAAUAUAUGUGACUCUAUUGGACAGAGAAUUCUUUAUCUAUGCUUACAUGAACUAUUUGUUUUUAAAAUUAUGAAUACUGAUCCUAAUUUAGGAAAUUUUUUAUAUGAUACAGAAAACAAUAAAUUGUGUUUAAUCGACUUUGGUGCAACUAGGUCGUAUAAAAAUGAGUUCGUUGAUCAAUAUUUAAGAUUAGUUAAAGCAUCAACAGAGGGAGAUGAAUCAAAGAUUUAUCAUUAUUCUUAUAUGCUUAACUUUUUCAAUGGAAUGGAAAAUGAAGAAAUGAAAAAUUCCCACAUUAAAUCAGUAAUAUUAGUUGGAAAACCAUUUAAAACAAAAGUAUAUGAUUUCGGUAAUGGUGAUUUAGCAAAACAAAUUUAUAAUUUAUUACCCAAAAUUAUAUAUAAUAGGUUAAUACCACCUAGAUCUGAAAUUUAUACAUUACACAGAAAAUUAUCAGGUUCUUAUCUAAUUUGUAUGAAAUUAAAGGCAAAAGUAAAAGCUGCUGAUAUUUUUAAUUCAAUUUAUGAAAAUUAUAAGUUUUCAACUAUUGAUACAUAUAAAAAAUAA